AUGGACGGCCCAUACAUAUCUACAAAGAUUGAUGUUCAAGAUAAUGGCUAUAAAGCUGAUGGUGUAUUAGAGCUUUUUGAGCGACCCAAACAAAUUCCAUUGUUUUUGCUUGAAGUGUCGGAAGGGCCUAAUAACCCGGAUCCAGACAAGAUUAGUGAAGAUAGGCGUAAAUUAUUGAAUGAGGGAGUCUUUGGCCUUAAUAAAUUUAUGUUGAGUACCGAGUUACCAAAAUGGAAAGUGUGCGAAACACUGAAGAUUUUCUUAGCCCAAGCAUUUGCUAAUAAAAUUGAGAUUGGCCAGUUAAUAUUUAUUGGUCCUGGUUUAUACCUUUUUGCGCCAUUUACAAUCCCAGUCCUUACUAUUCCAACUUCUGAUAUCGAUCUAAAUCAUGUACCUAGACUCAUUAGAACACUUUUAUGUUUACGAUACAAUCUUGUUGAAAAGAUCAAAAGGUUUAUGGAGUUUAGAAAGGAAGGACAAGAAAACAUAGUGAAGUCCAAACCCAA